AAACUCCAAAUCCCUAACUCUAUUCCCUUUCUACUUUCUCCUUUCUCAACAUCAGCAUCAAUGCCAGCAAUCUCCGCCAAGCGCAGACCAAAAUCUCACGCGCCACCCCCUUCCUCACCCAUCCGUAAAUCGCCUCGCCGAUGCGUCGCCGCAUCCCCCAAGUCCGCCUCCACUGGAAACAAACUUGAGGCUGAUGAAAACCAAGUCAACAUCGUAGUUGCGAAACCCAAAUUGAAUCCCAAAGACGGUGAGCAAUUGAAGACGGUGAAGUUGGCAUUGCACUUAUCUACUGCGCCAUCUACGGUUGUGUGUCGUGAGGAGGAGCAGAGUGUGGUUUUAGGGUUCGUGAAGGGGUGCGUGGAGCACCAAAAGGCUGGGAGUUUGUACAUAUGUGGGUGUCCUGGAACGGGGAAAUCGUUGUCUAUGGAGAAAGUGAAAGAGCUUUUACUCAAUUGGGCUACGGAGGCAGGUCUCCCCCUGCCAGAUGUUUUAUCUCUAAACUGUACAUCCCUCGCCAAUACGUCUGAUAUUUUCACUAAGAUACUUGGGUUAAACAGAGAACGGGGUAAAAAGGUUACGGCCACACCCUUACAGCAACUUCAGAACAUGUAUUCUCAGAAACCUUCUAUCAAGAACAUGACGUUGAUAAUAGCUGAUGAAUUAGAUUAUCUGAUAACCAAAGACAGAGCUGUGCUUCAUGAUCUUUUCAUGCUCACCACUUUCCCGUUUUCUAGAUGUAUACUAAUAGGUGUAGCGAAUGCAAUUGACCUAGCUGAUCGAUUUCUUCCAAGGCUUACAUCAUUAAAUUGCAAGCCUAUUGUUGUAAACUUUCGAGCUUACUCUAAAGAUCAGAUCCUCAAGAUUCUUGAAGAAAGAUUAAAUGAACUUCCUUACACUGUAUUCCAACAUCAAGCACUGGAACUAUGUGCUAGGAAAGUUGCUGCUGCUUCUGGAGAUAUGCGAAAUGCUCUUUGUAUAUGCAGGAGUGCAAUAGAGAUUCUGGAAGCGGAAAUUAGAGAAUCUGCCUGCAAUUUGAAUACUUCAUUGGAGGAGAAAUCAUCCUCUGAACACAUUCUUGUAAGGAUUGAUCAUAUGGCUCUUGCCUUGUCCAAGACAUAUAGAUCGCCGGUUGUGGAUACAAUACAGUCUCUGCCGCAUCAUCAACAGAUUGUACUCUGCUCAUCUAUAAAACAUUUUCGUGGAGCCAAGAAAGAUACAAUCCUUGGAGAGUUGUAUAAAUCAUAUAUGGAGAUAUGCAAAUCAUCACUGAUUCCCCCUGCAGGAAUCUUAGAAUUUUCAAAUAUGUGCAGAGUGCUAAAUGACCAGGGGCUUAUUAAACUAGGUCAAGCUCGAGAGGAUAAAUUGAAAAGAGUAACGCCUAAAGUAGAUGAGGGUGAUAUUACUUUUGCAUUACAGCUUCAUGUGAGACUAUUCAUCCAUAUAUUAAGGUGAGUUCAUUUGGCUCCGACUGCCGUCUUCAGUAAAUGAAGUGGUCAAAUGGACAUAAUUAAACAGAGUUGAAACCACGUGAGCAGAGUUUUCAGCAACGAAGCAGGACCUGUUAGAUUUUAAAAAAAAAUAUUUUUAUGCUAUUUUAUUUAUUUA